AUGGAAAAGAAAUCAGUAUUAUUUGUUUGUUUAGGCAAUAUUUGUAGGUCACCAAUGGGAGAGAUAGUAUUUAGAGCAUUGGCAUUCCAAAGAGGUAUUUUAGAUGAUUUUCAUAUUGAUAGCUGUGGGACUUCUGGUUAUCAUAUCGGAGACAAUCCAGAUGGUAGAAGUGUAGAGACUUGUUCUAAAUUGAUUUCAAGUACCAUAUCAAGUGAAGCACAUCAACAUUUCAAAUCUCUUCCAUUACACAAAGCAAGACAACUUUCAGCCAAAGAUUUCAAAGACUUUGAUUACAUCUUUGCAAUGGAUGGAGAUAAUCUUAAAAAUAUUCAAAAACUGUACAAUCAAACCAACAAGGAAGGUUCAGGAUUCAAAGCAAAGAUUACAAGAAUCGGAGAGUAUCAUUCAGACAAGAAAAAGUUAAAUGUAGAAGAUCCAUAUUAUGGUAAGAUGGAUGGUUUCACCGAAAACUAUAAUCAAAUUCUUGAAAGUAGUAAUAGAUUUUUGGAUUCCCUUGGUUAUGAUUCAAAAUAA